UGGUUUUCCUUUUUAAACCCUUUCCCCCAAAUUUCUGGAACUGAUACUUGGUAAAAAUGGAAGCACUGGGUGGCAAUGGCGCGUUUUGGGCUUGGAAACUUCCAGUUAUAAGAAGGCCAAAAAGGCCGCCUCCUUCAAAUUCGAAGUCCUCGGACUCAACGGUGGAGCCAACUGGCGGUGGCGGUCGCCGUUUCCCGUUGAAGCAAGCUGUGACGGCCGCUUCACUCGCUCUCACGGGCGACACUAUUGCUCAACUCAAUGACCGCUGGAGAAAACGUAAGCAGCCCGUUUCUGAUUCCAGUGAUACAAUUAAGGAUAUCAUUUCAAGUGUCAUUUCACACCAUGAUUGGCUCCGUUCCUUGAGGAUGACUACAUAUGGAUUUCUUUUAUAUGGUCCUGGUUCAUUCGCAUGGUACAAGUACCUGGAUCACUGUUUGCCACACCAGACCGCGCAAAAUAUAAUGUUGAAGGUUUUACUAAACCAGAUAGUGCUUGGUCCUUGUGUGAUUGCUGUUGUCUUUGCAUGGAACAAUUUAUGGCUAGGAAAGCUCUCAGAGCUCCCUAAUAAAUAUCAGAAGGAUGCUCUUCCGACACUGUUUUAUGGAUUUCGGUUUUGGAUCCCCGUCAGCUUGUUGAAUUUUUGGGUGGUCCCUCUUCAAGCCCGUGUUGCUUUCAUGUCCACAGGAUCCAUUUUUUGGAACUUUUACUUAUCAUCAACCUUGUGCAAGUAGAUUGAGCUCACCGAUCAUGUCACGUUAGCUAAUGGCAUAUUUUUAGUUCCUGCUCUAGGUUUACUUUACUUCCCUUGAGCUUAUUUGUUACUACUAUUUAUGAUCUAAUUUGUUGUAUGUUAAUUCACUGUUGACCUAAAAUCUGUCAGAAUUCAAGCCAAAAGAAAUGAAGGGAUUGGGUUUUG